AGAGCUUGGAGAAUUGAACUGCACAGCCAGACGCAGACUCUCAGCCAAGUUGUCAGCAGGCUGGGAGGAAGAGAAGCUCACACACACACAGGAGAUUGCAGGGUGGUUGCAGCUUGAUGUGCAUUUGUUUCCAGAAAGGAAGAAAGGGGGGAAAAAAACAACAACACAACAAACCCAAACAAACAGAAAAGGGGGAAGGAGCCUGCUCCGGUCCAGCAGUCCUGGGGGAAGUAAUGGAUGUCACCAUAUCUCAGUUCAUCUUAGAAGAAUUUGAUGUCAACUGCAGCCUCCUGGAUCGUUUACAAGAGACUUUUUUAGAGAGUUCCUCUAUCCCUUUCCUGGGCUUUGAUGGUCCAUACUGCAAUGCCACCACCGAUCAGAUCGGGACCUGCUGGCCCAGAACCUCUGCGGGGGAACUAGUAGAGAGACCCUGCCCAGAGUUCUUCAAUGGCAUCAAAUACAACACCACGAGAAAUGCCUACAGAGAAUGCCUGGGCAAUGGGACAUGGGCUUCCAAGAUCAACUACUCUCAGUGCGAGCCUAUUCUGGAUGACAAGAGGAAGUAUGCGCUGCAUUACAAGAUUGCUCUCAUCAUAAACUACCUGGGGCACUGUAUAUCAGUAGGGGCCCUUAUAGUUGCCUUUAUGCUUUUCUUGUGCUUGAGGAGUAUCAGAUGCCUGCGGAAUAUUAUCCACUGGAACCUGAUCACCACCUUCAUCCUGAGGAAUGUGAUGUGGUUUCUGCUUCAAAUGAUAGAUCACAACAUACAUGAAAGCAAUGAACCCUGGUGUCGAUGUAUUACCACGGUCUACAAUUAUUUUGUGGUGACCAACUUCUUCUGGAUGUUUGUGGAAGGCUGCUACUUACACACUGCUAUAGUGAUGACUUAUUCCACGGAUAAGCUGCGGAAAUGGGUCUUUCUCUUCAUAGGAUGGUGUAUUCCUUGCCCAAUCAUCAUUGCCUGGGCCAUUGGCAAACUAUAUUAUGAAAAUGAACAAUGCUGGUUUGGAAAAGAGCCAGGGAAAUAUAUUGACUACAUAUAUCAAGGGCCAGUGAUUCUUGUUCUUCUGAUAAAUUUUGUGUUUCUAUUUAACAUAGUUAGGAUUUUAAUGACAAAGCUGAGAGCAUCAACCACUUCAGAAACAAUACAGUACAGGAAGGCAGUCAAGGCAACGUUAGUUCUUCUGCCUCUGCUAGGCAUCACCUACAUGCUGUUCUUUGUCAACCCUGGUGAAGAUGACAUUUCCCAGAUUGUCUUCAUCUAUUUCAAUUCCUUCCUGCAGUCUUUUCAGGGUUUCUUUGUCUCAGUAUUUUACUGCUUCUUGAAUGGUGAGGUCCGUUCUGCUGCCAGGAAGAGAUGGCACCGCUGGCAAGACCAUCACUCCCUGCGGGUGCGGGUGGCACGUGCCAUGUCCAUCCCCACCUCCCCGACACGGAUCAGCUUCCACAGCAUCAAACAGACAGCGGCCGUCUGAUGCACACCCCCCACGCCCCAGCACCUGGUGGCCUUCAGGGUUCUUCUGUCUUCACUCUCCCCACAGCCCCUGCUGCAGACUUUCCCCCUUCGCUCUGCACUCCUGUCUCUCCUAACGAGGUGCCCAUCAUGUUUUUUGUGGACUCUCGUCUUCCGUAUUGGUGAUGCUGCUUCAAGGCAACCAGGCAAGGGCCUCUUGGAGUGGGUGGUGGCAAAACAGGUUCAAAGAAGACAGAGAUUCAGCACUGACUGCACCCUGUGGAAGUUCACAAUACAGAGUCUAAAUCAGCACGCUGGCAGGAACAGUCCAUUAUUUUCUUUUCUCCUUUCUUUUCUUUGUUUUUCCCUCCCAUACUGUGGUGAACAAAGACUGUUUUUAACAUGCUGCCCAUCUCAGCCUGUACAUUGAUUCCCAAGGAUCUCAUCACUUUGGUGUGUAGAUAGCCCAUCUCUUUUCUUACUUCUUUGUAAAAAUUUCUCCUCUGCAGAACUGUUGUUUGAGAACACAGGGCAGCAAGGAAAGGAGCAUCUGAAAGGUGGUGUGAAAAAUCCAAAUCUACCUUCCCCAUUUUUCCCUUUAAUAGACUGGGAGUUGGCCAGGGCAUCACUGGACUGUUCAUCACAGGGCACUUUGCCUUUCAAGAGCCAUGCCCUGUUCACACACAAGAUUUUGAGAAGGACAGAAGUAUCUCUAGAUAGCUCUGUCAAAUAUCCUUGUUCCCCCCAGCCCCACACUUCUGACACAAUGUAAGGAGCCUUUGGAAGGUCUUUGGUUUCUGCAGCUAAGAGGGUUGGGGUGGGGAAGGACAACAAAACAUGGUUUGGAGGUUUAAAAAAUAUAAAAGGGAAGCAUUGUAAAAAUAAUAAUGGGAAGAGGAUGUUUUGAUCCUGAGGAUUGUGCUACAUGCUGCACAAAGAUUAUCUAUGGAGCAUUUUGAACUAGAGCAGAAGUAUCUACUAGGCUUUUUAUGUGAUGUUCAAAAAUUACUGUAUAUUUUCAAUAAUAAACACUACUCUGGGUUGGUUUCAAUAAAACCAGGCAUCAUUUUCUUUACUCUGGAAA